UCAAAUUGUGCCAUGUUGCGAAUCAAUUGAUGAUGCGUACAUCCAUGCUAAUGGGGUUUUCUUUUAUUUCUUUAUUUAUUCAUUCAUUUCCUUUUUUCCUAUCCCCCCCCCCAACCCCCCAUUUUCAACAUUUUAUUUAUUCGUUCCCUCUUCGUUUCAUUCAUUUUAAAUUUAUGUUCAUUUGACCUAUUCAGACAUUAUCUUCCUUUACUUUCCUUCUCUUUUUCCCCCUCCCCCUCCUCGAAAUAGUGCUUUUAAUAUAAUAAUAGGCAUUAAAGCGUAGCUUCGUAUAUCGCAAAGUCCUUAUUCUCCUGCAAAGACCUAUAAAUAAUAUCAAUUUGGAUCUAAUGUACUCUGUCUGUAAAAAUUUCAUAGAAAGGAAAGGUGUUGAAAUAUAUAUUUGGAUGAAUUGAAACUACAGAAACCCUGUCCAGGGUGUACCCCACCUUGUGCCCGAUGCUCCCUGGGAUAGGCUCCAGGUUCCCCGUGACCCUGAAAAGGAUAAAGCGGUAUAGAAGAUGGAUGGAUGGAUGGAUGAAACUACAGAAAUCUGUUCUAAAGAUCUGUGGCUGCAAAAAAAAAAAAAAAAAUGAGAGAACCUCUGAUUUAGAGGGUUUCAGGAGAAACACUGAAAGAAAGCCUUCAGGAACGUUAUUGUAAAAGGUUCUUGAAACCUGAUUGUUGCUUUAAAAGAUUUCAACAACAACGUCUAAUUUGAUGUACAAGCCUAUUUAAUGCGGUAGUGUGGUGUUCGCCAAAUAUAGCCUUUGGAGGGAAGUGCCAAAAAGAAAAAUGGCUGCCGUGAAGUAAGGAGGAGCCUGAGCAGUGUCGCUGUCCAUGGUGUAAAACAUUCGUACACUCUUUGUACUGCAAAGAGUUUGGGAUUUGGGAUUCAGCCAUUGUUUAGCAAAACUGUGGUGUUGCCAAUAACGUCUCAUCAUUCAGCGCGAGUCCAUUUUAUGUAUUAUUAACCACUGGGUGGAUAAUUUAAUUUGGACUGGUAUUAGUAUUAGGGCUGGACAGUAUACUGUAUGACUGUAUAUGGCACUGAUAUCGUGAUAAAUGAUGUCGCACUAUACUUGGAUAUCAUACAGUGUAUAUCUAUUUAUUUUAUUUUUAGUACAAAUUGAUUGGAAGUAGCUGAAACUUGCAUUUUACAGUAUUUACUGAACUAUUUUUCAGUGUUAAACUUUUACAUUUAUAAAUGUAAGUAUCAAUAAAGUCUUUUUUUUUUUUAAAUGCAACACUACAGUUUUGCUGGAGGUUUCUUAGAAAACCUACAUGUAUCGUAGAGAUGUCUUUAAGAAUUGGAAUAUGAUGGUUUUGUCAUAUCACCCAUCCCCAAUUGGUCAUACAAGAUACUAAUAAUAAGAAGAAGAAGAAGAAGAAGAAGGAAAAGAAGCAGAAAUAUUACUACUAAAAUACUAAAAAAAAUGAAAAUUGAAAUAAAAUGAAAUGAAGAGUAGUAGUACAAAAUAUCAUAUUAUAUAUUACUACUAGUAAUACAUGUUUGCCUCACACCUCCAGGGCUGGGGGUUCGAAUCCGAUCUCCACCCUGUGUGCGGAGUUUGCAUGUUCUCCUGGUACUUUGGGGGUUUCCUCCAGGUACUCUGGUUUCCUCCCCCAGUCCAAAGACAUGCACUGAUUGGCAUCUCUAAAUUGUCCAUAGUGUAUGAAUGUGUGUGCAUUUGUGCCCUGCGAUGGUUGGCACCCUGUCCAGGGUGUCCCGAGUUCCCUGGGAUAGGCUCCAGGCUCCCUGAUGACCUGGUGUAUGAUAAGCGGUAAGGAAAAUGGAUGGAUGGAUGGAUACUACUACUACUACUACUACUACUACUACUACUACUACUAAUAAUAAUAAUAAUAAUAAUAAUAAUAAUUUUAAUAAUGAAGCCUAGUUAGUUCAAACCCUCACCAUGAUGGAAUUAAUGCUAUGUAUUUUUAAUGCAGUAUAUACUCACAUAGGCUAUUUCAGACUUCACUCUGAGUACUGAACUGUACCUUUACUUUUUGCUCUUUUGUACCUUGUAGCCCAUCUUUCACCUGGAAAACGUGCAUUUAACUCCUAUACAAAGACUUCAGGUACAAAACUGGACUGCAAAGCUGUAAAGUUACCGCACAUGCACCUUUCUACUCAAAAGGUACCCCUUAGUACCCUUCUUUUCUAAGAGUGUAAUAAUACUGAUGCUCAAUCGACCUUUUGGAAGCGUCAGGAGCGUACCUCUCCUCUCUUUUCUCUCGUUUCUUUCCAUCUUCUUUUUCUUUCUUUAAAGGGGAGGGGAAACCCCGUCACAUCCUCCGUGUCCAUAUAUGGGCAUGAAGAUGCCACGCAGCGGGGGAAUCCUCUCCCAGCACGCGGUGAAUGAGAGAGGGAGGGCCGAGCCGCGAGCUCGGGGGUAUAAAAAGCGGCUCUGGGUGAGAGGAGCGCAGCAACAGAUAGCGGAGGAACAUCCACCUGCGAGUCGCACACAUCUAGGACAUUAUAAAAAAUAAAAAAAAAACGAAAAAAAGGGAAUUCCUGAUUAUUAUUCACUUUUUUAUUGUUUCUACCGGACCUCAAUCUAUUACGGACUUGACUGUCGCAGAGAAGAGACAUUUUGCAUUUCAUUUUUAUAUUUAUUUUCCAAUUUUUUUUUUUUUUUUUUUUUAAUCUUUGCACCGGAUCUCCAAAUAUCCUCGUUUAAAUUUUGGGGGUUUUUUUUCGGGAAAAGAUGCUCAACAACGUCGAUUUGAACUCUCAGGACACGUUUUACACUCAGUUUGACACCUGUAACGACUCAGCCAUCGGGAUGAUGGACACUAAGGAGCAUCAGGAUGUCUUUAUGGACGCUGAGCGCACAGCACCUACUCAGUUUGCACACGAUACAACAGUCACUCCCAAAACGGAGCCCACCAGCGCGGACCAAUACUCCUCCUGUCACGGCCCUAAGGGAAGCUACGACGCCUCGCUGUCCUACUCGGGCAGUUUCUACGUGGAGGCGUGUCAGGGCGCCCCCUGCAGCGCAGAAACGCUGCUUAACAUGAUCACCGAGAUCGUGGGCAUCUCCGCGGGCCCACUUCCAGAAGCGCAGCAGCAGCAGCAGCAGCAGCAGCAACAACAACAAAGCGACACGAGUGCACCCCAAGAACCUCCGUCUUCUGAGCCUGGGACCUUCCCUGUGGUCGUGAAAAGUGAGUUUGAGAACACUGGAGGCUGUUAUUACGAGUGGAACACCUUCGGGAAAACUGACAGCUAUGGGUUUCCAACAUCUGGCGACUUUUCAUCCGAGCAGCAUCAGCAUCAUCAAGUGGAUAUGAAAGAUCUGCUGGACUCGCUGUCCAACCCUGACAUGGAGUUCAAGGUGGAAGCCGGAAUUAAACAGGAGCAAGGCUUCGGUGAUGCUUGUGGCCAGAGUUUUGGUGCGUCUGCGUUUAACUACUCUGUCAUGGACGCACCAUCAAACAGCCUCCUGAAACCCGGCGUGUUCCCAAACUUCCAGCCCAUCCCUGCUCCGGGACAGUGCGAGCCUCCGACCUACGCGACCUCCACCAUCGACUCGCUCCUGUACUCCACUCUGCUUCCCCCGGAGCCGUUGGCACCGAGCCGCGCACGCGCACCGAAGCGCAAGAACAGCGCCGCCGCCUCCGCUUCUUCCUCCACUGCUAAAGAGAAGCCCUUCACGUGUCCGAUGGGCUCCUGCGACCGGCGCUUUUCUCGCUCGGAUGAGCUCAACCGACACAUCCGCAUCCACACGGGCCACAAGCCGUUCCGGUGCCGCGUGUGCGCGCGCAGCUUCAGCCGCAGCGACCACCUCACCACGCACACGCGCACGCACACCGGCGAGAAGCCGUUCGCGUGCGACGUGUGCGGGAAGAGGUUUGCGCGCAGCGAUGAGCGCAAGCGGCACGGCCGUGUGCACCUCCGGCACAAGGAGAAGACGCAAGAGCUCGGCGCCUGGCCCUUCGCCCUCCCGGAGGCCAUCUGAAUAACGUGUGAAACCAAAAUCCGGUGCCAAAAUGCGCUUUGUAUUUGGUGUGCGCACGAUCUUGGGAAGAUCUACAGUUGAUUGGGUUCUUGAUCGGAGGCUCCACGUGCACUGUGCGCAUGUACCUAUUCAUUUAUUUAUUAAUUUAUUUAUUUAUUAUUUUGUCACCCCCUUCCCCAAAAUAAUAAUAAAAAAAUAAUAAUAAUAAUGAUAAAUAAAAAAUAAAACCCUGCACACACAGUUUUCUGGGAGAUCUUUUAUGGGUUUUAACGCACGGAAUCCUUAAAAGUGUCUCCAGGAACUUCCUCGGAAAGGUUCUUAAAAACUAACAAUGGUUCCCAAAAGAACAGUCCUAGUGGAACCUAUAUAGUUUGUAGAGAGUGUGCACUCCCCCCCCCCACCUCCCCAGAUGGAGUUGUGUUUAAGCGCAACUAAAAUGAAAUGAAAUAUUUGCGACACAGACUGAACCAUUUUCGCCUUCCAGAGGGGACACACUAUUAUGGAGAAGGCCUCGAAUAUUAUGGGAAUAUGAAUGGAAAGUUCAUAGUAAUCUACUUCCUCUACUAAUAUCAGCUCAUAACUUUGAAUCAGAGACCAAAAACAGCUUUUCUUUUCAUUCAAGGCUUUGUGUGUGUGUGUGUGUGUGUGUGUGUGUGUGUGUGUGUGUGUGUGUGUGUGUGUGUGCGUGCGCGCGCGCGCUCUGGAGGAACUGGAUGGAGGACGUUUUACGCAAAAGAGCGAGCUGGAAAAGAGUGACAACUCUUUCUUUUUUCUUUUUUUUUUUGAAAGGGUAAAAAGGGGAUCUUCCCUAUAAUCCAAACUGCCCUUCACGAUGCUUACUCUGUGUGCAGCGACUGCAUAAACUCUUGUAACGUUUAACUUUUGUGCUCCAGGUUGUUUGCAGAGCAGCCAAACGCUUUCGAGCUGCAGUUCAGCACUUUGACUCCGGAACAGCUCCGACCUCGAGUUAUUUUUACAUUGUUUUCUUUUUUUGUUUUGUUUUGUUUUUGUUUUUUUUCCCCUUCCUUCCUUUCUUUUCCUGCGCUGGAUCGUAUUGCACUUCUCUCCAACUUUUGUGCUUUUUGAUAUUGCAUGUUUACUGUUCAUGUAAUAUGAUGAUUAAUAAGCUAAUGUAAUAAAUCCAUGCCUCACUGCAGAAGUGAGACUUUUACCUCGUUUCUACAUCAUGGUGGUGGCUUUUUUCGCCUUUGGAACUUGGACACACCACGACUUGUGGUUCAUUUAUUUGUGCCAAGGGGUUACAUUUCCUUUUCCUUAAAAUUAGUGUCGACGUACGUGAUUAUUUUCAUUGCAAUGCUAUUGAUUGAAUGGUAAAAUCGUGUUGUUUGAUAAGGAAAGUUAUUCUACUACAGCUGUCAGUGCAAAAAUAAAUAUAUUUAUAUGGCUAUGUAUGAUUAUUUGUAUUUUUGUAUUUUUCUGUUCGUCUGGAUAUAUCAAGAUGAAACGUUUAUUUCGAACCUUCUGAGCUCACAGUGUUUCCCGUGUGUAGUAUAUUAACGGGAAAUCAAAAGCAGACCUCCACACGUCAAAGCGUGAAAGGGUUCGAGACUCCUGAACAAGUGUACAAGUUUACAUUGCAGAGACACAAAGCAUUUCUGCCCACUUAGAACCCGAGUGUCGUCGUUUGACAGACCCCUAGUUUGUGUAUGUACAUAAAAAUGAAUGAAUUAUGAAUCAUCUAGCUCACAUGGCUCUUGUAGUGUGUAAUGUGAUGAAGACUAGAAUAGCACCAGGCUGGAACAUUGCUGUUGAGUAACUUAGGUAGCACACAUUGCUGCAUUUUCUUUCUUUUUUUUCUUCUUCUCCUCACUAGUUCUUCUACACGAAGGUUUAAAAAAAAAAAAAAAAAAAAAAAAAAAAGAU